CUCACCAUUCACCACACAUAGACUCACAGACUCCCUGCCUACCUGCUUCCUCCACGAACACGGGAGUUCCAGAUCACACCAACGACACCAUGAAUUCACUCAGUGAAGCAAAUACCCGCUUUGCAUAUGAUCUGUUCCAGCUGUUCAGAAAAUCAACAAAGGAAAAUAUUUUCUAUUCCCCGCUUAGUAUCACGUCAGCCUUAGCCAUGACAUACUUAGGGUCCCGAAAACGCACUGCAUCAGAAAUUCAAAAGGUUCUACACUUUAAUGAGGUCAUAGAGAACACAAGAGGAACCACAACAGCUCAGGUUGAAGAGUCAGGAAACGUGCACCAGCAAUUUCAAAAGCUUCUGACUGAGUUAAAUAAGCCCACUGAUGCCUACAAGCUGAGCCUUGCCAACAGGCUCUAUGGAGAUAAGAAGUUUCCGUUUUUUCAGGAAUACUUGGAUAAUGUUAAGAAAUUCUACCUAGCCAGUGUGGAAUCUGCUGAUUUUGCAAAUGCUGCAGAAGAAACCCGAAAGAUGAUUAAUUCCUGGGUGGAAAGCCAAACGAAUGAAAAAAUCAAGGAUCUCUUUCCCAAAGGCUCUCUUGACAGCUCCACCAUUCUGGUUCUGGUGAAUGCCAUCUAUUUCAAGGGGCAGUGGAAUGAAAAAUUUGAUGCAAAAAAAACUGAGCAGGGGCAAUUUUGGCUGAACAAGGAUACAAGCAAAGUUGUGCAGAUGAUGAAACAAAGCAAUAUGUUUAAGUUCACCUCACUGGAGGACAUGCAAGCCAAGGUCCUGGAAAUACCAUACAAAGACAAAGAUCUGAGCAUGGUGUUGUUGCUGCCAAAUGAAAUAGAUGGUCUUCAGCAGCUUGAAGACAAACUCACUUCGGAGAAAUUAAUAGAGUGGACGAGCUCACGGAAUAUGAGCAUGAGUCAUGUGCAUGUUCACUUACCUCGGUUCAAAGUGGAACAAAGCUUUAACCUCCAGGUCACUAUGAAAGCCCUGGGGAUGGUGGACGCCUUCAGUCCACGGGAUGCCGACUUCUCGGGCAUGUCAGGAAGCCAGGGUCUCGUGAUAUCUGCAAUCCUACACAAGUCCUUUGUGGAGGUGACAGAGGAGGGUACAGAGGCUGCAGCUGCUACUGGCGUAGGAAUUUCUGUCACAUCAGCACCAAAUUAUGAAAUGUUCCAUUGUGAUCACCCCUUCCUGUUCCUCAUCAAGCACAACAAGACCAAUAGCAUUCUCUUCUUUGGCAGAUUCUUGUCCCCUUAGGUGCAAUUAGCAUGCUGCUGCUUUAGGGGGAGGGUAACAGAGUUGUUCCAGUACUUUGAUUGCAGGAAAUGGGUUCUCUUUAGCUUUCCUUUCCAAUCUCAUAGUCAUCACUAAGACUGUAAUAGGUGAAAGAGCAUGUUUGUCUCUCUCUUUCUACAAAUACAUGUAGAUUAUUUCCCCAUGAUAAUUCUACCUUUGGGAUAAAAUAUUCAAGGAAUGGUAAAAAGAUAUUUCAAUACUCUACCAUCUACAUGUGAAAUACCACAUUUUAUGCUUCAAAAAUUAUAUCUACUAUUCAAAUGUAUUAGCCUUACACCUACAUUUCUUUAAAUUUAUUUACAUCUGCUGUAACACUUCAAUCCAAUGUUGAAUUGUGUACAUUGUCUAAGAAUCAUGUCAUGUGCUAUUUUUUCCUUACAUGUCUACAUUUCUGAUUUUAUGAAAUACAUUAUCAAUAAAAUGGUGAUUUAGUCAUAUUA